UCAGGAAAGCAGCUCGGGUGCUGGCCUGGUGUAGUCUUCUGUCCGCAGGGAGUGAAAGAACAUGCAGAAGGACUCCGGCCCGCUAGUGCCUUUACACUGGAUUGGCUUUGGCUAUGCAGCGCUGGUUGCUUCUGGUGGGAUCAUUGGUUAUGUGAAAGCAGGUAGUGUCCCGUCCCUGGCUGCUGGGCUCCUCUUCGGUGGUUUAGCAGGCCUGGGUGCUUAUCAGCUGUCUCAGGAUCCGAGGAACAUUUGGGUUUUCCUAGCUACAUCUGGAACCUUGGCUGGCAUUAUGGGAAUGAGAUUCUACCACUCUGGAAAAUUUAUGCCUGCAGGCUUAAUUGCGGGUGCCAGUUUGCUGAUGGUCGCCAAACUUGGAAUUAGUUUGUUCAGUAGACCCCAUCAAUCGUAGUCAUGUCCCAGCUUGGACUCGAAGAAUUUUAAAACUUCCACUAUUCUUAGUGUAUUAAGAGAAAUAAGUGCAGCAUUUUCACAUAUUCUGACACUUUACUUAAAAAAUAAAGACACUGAACUUUGCAGAGGAAAAAAAUUAGUCAUUAUCAUUACAGUCCUAAAGAAAUGGGUAGUAUAUAACACAAGAGCUUAUUAUUCUAAUACCGUCUCACAGUUUGAUUCUUGUAUGUUGAUGUUAUCUCUUCUUUCUGUGUCUGUAGGUAAAAUCUCAAGGGGUAAAAUGUUAGGUAUCAACACUGGGGGUCCUGAAACCCCAUGCCCUGCUCAAAGGAACAGUGUGAAAAAAAUCUCUGGUGAGAUUUAGGAUAUCUGUUCUUUUGCUCAUCUUAGAGCACAGCCCUACUUUGAAAUUAUGUUAAAUGAAAUAUCAAUGAAAAUAAAGUUUACUAUAAAUAAUAUUUUCCAUGGUGUCUUCGUUGCCAGAGCUGUCUAGAACAUAGAAUGAGAUGUGAAUAGCAGGAAGAUAUAGGAAC